AUGGAUCUUCACACCCAGCAGGCGUCUUCUAAUUCUGGGGAUGGAGCCUCUCGGCCCUCGGCCUCUACAUCCCCUACGAGGGAUUUGGGUGCCAAGGGUUUCUCCCCGGUGGGCGAUUCCUCUUGUCCUAGUGUUGCUGGUGCACGGCCUGUUGGGCAUGGUGUGACUAGGAAGUCACGGCUUAGACAGUCGUUUGGUGGGUCCAUUCCAGUAACUAAUGCCAUAUUCGUCAAUCUGAAAGAUGAUGCGGCACAAGAAAUUGUUUAUAAUGCUUCUAUUCUCUCUUUACAUGGUGUGAUCUUAAGAUGUUUCAAAACUAGGCAUGCAACUGAGCAUUGUGGUUUUGAGAAAAAGGCAACAAAGGCCACAUGGUGGAAAGGCGCUUCUGAACAACAUUAUAUGGUUUCGAAUAAAUCCAAUCAACCUGGGAGUUUUUCUGAGGUGGUUGCUAUGGAACCACGGGAUCUUGGGGCAUCCCCUCCAGAUGCCUCUCUUGGUGGGGCUACUGAAAUUGUGCAAGUGUCUCAUGCUGAUUCCCCUUAUGUGAGAGUGAAUGGGCCUCAGAAGGCUUUUUCUGGUGAUAGCGAUUUGGCUAUCAUUUCUGGUGGCUCUUCUGAUAAGGCCAUGCCUACUAGGAGGAACACAGAUGAUUAUUCUGAGACUGUGGUUGUUGGCUUUCAUUCACCAGAUUAUGGUGAGAUGGUUUGGCUUGGCAAGGCAAUGCAUGUGGAAGAGGGAUGGAUUUUUGUCAAGGGCAAGAAAGCUAAUUCUUGUAAGCCUUCUUUUGACAUGAUUCUCCGCUUCCACAAGAGUAGAUCUAAAGUUGUCGUUCUUGUGCCUUCUUUUUCAUGUGGGCAGCUUCCAACAGUUUCUUAUCUUUUUGCUCCAUCUAUGAGUUCAUGUUGGUAUCGUACAAUACCUACUCUUGUUGGUACCAUACCAGUUCCUACUGGAACCAUACCAUUACUUGAUGACAUUGUACCUAUACCUGCUAGUACCAUACCAGUACCUGUUGGAAAUGUACCAAUACUUGUUGAUGUUGUACCAGUACCUACUGGUACUGUACCAAUGUCUGUCGUACCAGAACCUGAGUCUGUCGUACCAAUUCCCUACUUCGUCGUUAUGUCUUUUCUUGGUACGACCUCUCCUGCCACUGUCUGGUCUACCGUACUGGUACCCUUUGUGCCUUAUGCUACAAGUACAACCAAGCUGAUCUGUGGUAAUGAUACCCGUCGUUGUGCUAGUGGUUCUCCUUCGUUUAUUUUUCAGAAUAGCACCCCUACUGGUUGUACGUCUCCCACGCGGUUGGCCACUGUAAGCGCUUCCUGCAGUACUAAGUGUGCUGAGGAUAAUUUCGGAGGUGUGAACUUUACCCUCAUACUCUUCUAUUGUUCUCGUAACCCUCCGUGUUGA